GAGAAUGAGUUAAGGAAUCAAAUCAACAACGAUUUUAUGCUUUAAAUAUACGAAAGUCACUAGCAAAUGGAGAGUUGUGGUGUUACAAAGUACUAAUAAUGCUCAAGCACAAAGUGUCUGUACGCAUCACCAUGGAAUACUUGUAUCAGCCUUGUUCAAAUUCCAUUACCUUCCCAACAACUGAGAAUAAUCAAGAAGAUGUUCAAGAGGGAGGAAUCUUUCUUGCUUCUUUUGGGUAUAGUUCCUUCUUUUCUUUUGCAAUGUGAACUUCCUUGUGGAAAACAAAAGCACAAGAGGAUUUUUUUUCUUGUGCUUGAAUUCCACCACAGAAAAGGAAGACUGAUUUUGCUUCAAAAUCUCUUGUUAUUAUGUAUGUGGUUUUCUGUUGAAUAUGGUUCAAAGAAUAGUUCUAGGAAACUCGAAGCCAUCUUCCUCUCAGCACCAAGAUGGCAAAACCAGAAAAACUGAUAUGAUGAAGAAAAUGAUGAAGUCAAGGUCCUUUCAUCUUUCUGAUUUUGAGUUUUCUCAUUCAUCGUCUUCGGUAAGGAGCUUAUCUCAACCGAGAAAGGCACCCAAUUACAUGAAGCCCACCAGCAGUUCAGAAGCAAAGAAAGAGCUUUUCUCGCUUAGUCAUCGACAUACUCAAUCCAGUUCAGAUGGUAAGAGUCUACCACAAAAGGGUAUGAGAAAUUCAAAAGCUACUUUCGUUUCUUGCAAAGAACCUGCAAAAACUUUGUCUAGAUCGAGUAGUUUGAAUUCAAUGAGAACAUUAACAAAGAGUAAUAGUUUAAAGCCUUGCAAAGCUUGUUCAAAAAAUCUCACAUCAGCAGUUCUGUUCGAAGACGUGAAUGCACCAGAGAGAGCUACCUGCUCUUCAACUUUGAAAGAGUAUAACUUCCCCGAGUACCUCACGCUUCACCCUGGAGGAACUGAGUCUGAGGGAGUUUCAGUCAUGAAGGUUUGCCCCUAUACAUACUGUUCUCUUAAUGGCCAUGGCCAUGCUCCUUUGCCUCCAUUGAAGAGCUUCAUGUCAGAAAGGAGGCAUCUUUUGGAGACUCGGAAGAAGGAUACGAAGCUGGAAGUUGUGAUCCCUCAAAGAUGGAAGGUGACCCGCUGUGAUACAAAAGAAAACUCUGAUAUUGAGCAGAUUUUCUUUCAUGAAAAAACAGCAUAUGAUGAAGCUGCUACAGGUAAUCCAACAAUCUCUCCCUUGGCACAAGAAAUUGGUAUGAAUUUCAUUUUUCAAAUCUAUGCCAAGGAAUGGGAAGGAGCUGAAGAAAUGAGAAAAUUCAACACCGUCAAAGAGAUUGAAAAGCAACAAGAUAUCAAUUUUGCAAAGGAUGAGAAUGGCAUUGCAGCAGAAGAGGAUGGUGUCAAGCAAGUUACUCCAGGUAUGACUCAUGAUCUCCUAAAGUCUCAGAUGAAUUUUGAAGGGGAUUUCAGAAACUACUUCACUGCUGCUGCAACUGAAGUAGAUAACAAAGGGAUCUUUCAUCUAGGAGAAGAUGUUGAAGAUGCAGAAGAAAACCAUCCAACUAGCUGUAUUCAUGAAGAAACCUGUACAGAAAGGUACAGCAACGGUGAACACAUGGAGGAUAUUGAGUUGGAUGAGUCCUAUUCUCCAUGCUGGGAGGAACAACAUUUCCGUGAAUUCAGCUAUGAAGACACUACCGAUUCUUCCAUCUGCUCAGUGGAGGAGAUCAACUCAAAACUCGAGUCGCUAUCCGAGAGUUCGCAUGAUAUAUCUGAAAUGUGGUUAGAUGACAUCUUUAACAGCAAUAAUGCAGACAUUAUGGUUGAAGAUGUCAGACUCCAAGAAGCCAAAGAAGAGAGGUCAAUCUGUUUUCAAGCACAACCUCAUUGUACUAAUUUUGUUCUGCAAGACACAAGUGAAAGCAUCGAGCUUCUCAUUCAAGAAAAAUAUUAUCCAUCCAAAGAUAUAGAUUCUGAGUAUGACGAAUCUACUUUGAGCGAGGAAGUAUUUCAGAAUCUAGCUAAUGAAAAAGAUAACAACAGAGUAAAUGAGAAACGUUUGGAUUAUGAGGUUAGUUGUGUCUCAAUGUUACUUGAUGAAGAGAUAGUUGAAAAUAGUGAAGGCCACAGCAGUAGUGAAAGUUGCAAGAUUGAUGAGAGCUAUGAAGACAAAGAUGAAAGCCUAGAAAAUGAAGAUGAUGAUGAAUUUAACCAGGAGCACAUAAUUCACAUGUCUAAAGUGCCUGAAGAAAGCACCACCAUUAUUAUUGAGGAGCAAAAAUUAUCAGAGGAAAAUAAAGUUAAAGGUGGUAAGUUGAAGAGCACAGGUGGUGAAGAACAGCACACAAGCAAGAAUUGGCAAUGGGGAACUAAGAGGAAGAGACCUGUAGAAGAGGAAGAAGAAAUGAGAAAGAUCAACCCACGAAAGCCAAAUUUUCUGCCCUUAGUUUCUGAGGUAGAACCAGAGAAAGUUGAUCUGAAGCACCAAAUGAUAGAGGAAAGAAAAGAUGCAGAGGAAUGGAUGCUUGAUUUUGCACUGAGACAAGCUGUCACAAAACUUGCUCCAGCAGGGAAAAGGAAAGUGUCAUUACUAGUUGAAGCUUUUGAAGAAGUAAUGUCAAUGCCCAAAUGCGAAGCUCAUAUAAGAAGUGAUUCACCCUUUGCUCAUGCAAGACCUAUUCAAGCGUGUAGUUGAUGUAUGCAAUGCAUGCUACAAAGGUAAACACUGAGAGUCUUCUCUGAUUCCUUACAUCAAGUGCUAUCUUGCACAGAAAUCAAAGACACCAGGAAAAAGCCAAUCUCCACGACCAGGAGAAAUCUGCAAGUACCCAUUUCAAUGAGUAACUUUCUAUGCAUCUGCUUUCUCAAGCUUGGAGAAAAUUCAACCCGCAGGGUUUUGUGGCUUUUACAUGAAUACUGAAACACAAGAAAUGGACGUGGAUUUGCCAUAUGAAUUUGUUCUGCGUACUUUGGUAUUUGCUUUUCUUAAGUUGUGUUUGGUGCACUAUUACUUUUGUGUAUGAUAAAUGCAAAUCACCCUCGAGAUUUGUUAGUGCAUUUUAUUUC